UCAUGCGUCCCUCUCUAUCCUCAUGAGUGAACCUUCAUUCUGCUGCAUAAUAGUUUUAUAAUGAGGCCGUUCUCCCAGGACAGAUAACAUUUACGGUUGUUUCCGUGCUCCUCUGGGUCAGUAUCACUUCCCCAAAAGAUAACGCUCCGUGCACAGAUGCUCGCUCCACUUAGGAAUUAGCGUGUUUGUCUGAGAAUCGUUUGCAUGAGCGCAAACAUUCCCUACCAAAGAAAUCAUCCAGAGCUCCAUAUCUGUGUGUGUUGACUCAGCGUGGAGCAGCAGGUCCGGAGCUCCGCUUCGUAUCGACGUUUUUUAAAAGCAUGAAUCUCACACACCCGGACGUGUGCUGCGCCUUCGAGUCUCCCAGCCUGGACAGGUUUCUGCCUCCGAUCCUGGUCCUGGAGUUCAUGUUUGGGCUCAUGGGGAACUUUGUUGCCUUGUGGAUGUUCAUCUUCCACAUGGACACAUGGAAGCCAAACUCUGUGUACCUCACUCACCUGGCUGUUGCGGACUCCAUCGUGCUGUUCUGCCUCCCCUUCAGGGCGGACUACUACAGGAGAGGGAAGGACUGGCUGUACGGGGACGCCAUGUGUCGGAUUCUUCUCUUCCUGCUGGCUGCGAACCGUGCGGCGGGGAUCUUCUUCCUCACGGCUGUAGCUGUGGACCGCUACUUCAAGAUCGUCCACCCCUUGAAUCGGAUCAACAGGUUCGGUCUUGGCUACGCUCUCGUGGUCUCGCUCUUCCUCUGGGGUCUGAUUUUUCUCGCCACCGGGUAUCUUCUUUCUGAGGAGCACUUCUUCUUCAACAGCAACCGCACACAGUGUGAGAGUUUCAACAUCUGCAUCGGGUUCACCCCGCUCUCCACCUGGCACAACACUUUCUACGUGGUGCAGUUUUUCCUCCCCACAUCCAUCGUGGCCUUCUGCACCGUCCGGAUCACCUGGCAGCUGAGGAACCGGACCGUGGACAAACAGGGGAAGAUCAAACGGGCCGUGCAGUUUGUCCUGGCGGUGGCUCUGAUCUUUAUAGUCUGCUUCUUCCCCAGCACCAUCUCCCGCAUCGCCGUGUGGAUCCUCAAGGCGUGGUAUGAUGAAUGCAAGUACUUUGAAGAGGCCAACCUGGCGUUCUACACGUCGGUGUGUUUCACCUACUUCAACAGUGUCCUGAACCCGGUGGUGUAUUACUUCUCCAGCCCGGCGUUCAGCGGCACCUUCAAGAAGCUUCUGAACAAGCUGCUGAGGAGGAGCGACGAUGAGACGGAGACAUCCGAGAAUGACAUUUCCACGGUUGAUGGUCGAAGAAUAUAAAGACAGCUGCAGUUUCAAUCUGUUACAUAAGCUCAUAAUGCUUUUUAAAGCCCUGUCUGCUGAUAAAAGAACCAUUAUCCUGCUUUACAGCUGCUAUAAAAGGUAGUGAGGAGGUGUUGCUGUGGCUGAACUACGCAAUAACCCGCCUGAAAUAACAUUAGACGCUUACUAGUGUGUGCUUUGUGGAUGUAACACAAACAUCUGUGUACAGAAGUCAAACUUUCUUAAAAUCAAUACUCCAUCAUUUAAAAAUGACUAUCUUUCUCAAAGUUCUGACACAUUUCUCAUGAUGUAAAGUUAAUAUUUUAAAGGUACAGUGUAUAGAAAUGGAAGAUUCUAGACUUAAACGCUCCCCUGCUUACCCCUUCUUUUGAAGCUACGUGGCCUUCAAGGACAAAAGCUCCUGUGAUGCAUGAGAAGUAUGAUCCUCCAUUUGUCAAAUUUCUUCCAUUGAAAACUUCAAUUAUAGCAAAAACAAAAAUUGCACGUUUGUUCCCAGUUUGUCAGAAACAUGGCGGUGCAAGAUGGCGGCCUCCAUGGAAGGGGACCCGCUCCUUAUGUAG